AUGUUCUUGAGCUUGAUUUUAUUCACAGCCUUUGAUUAUUCAGAUCAACGAGAUGAUUUUUCUAGCAGAGUUGUUUCAGACUAUCAAACAGAUUACGAAUAUUCGGAUUUUGAAGAGAGUUCAUAUUACGAAUAUUCAGAUGAAAACGAAGAGUCAAGUUAUGAUGAAAUAAUGGCCGAAUCUCAUCAUAAUUUUACCAAUAAAAAUGAUUCUGAUGAUGAUGGAGAAUCAAAUACAAACGAUAUCAACGAAACAGUUUAUUACUACAACGAAUACUUCUUAGAUGAUCUAGAACGAAAUGAUAAUAAUGCAAACUCUGAUAAGCUUUAA